AUGAAUGGCGACGAUAGAGAGAGAGCAGAACUGGAAGAAGUCUACAACAGAUUACUGGAAACACAUUACGCCAACUUACUUGAAUUAGGACAAGCCAGAGACGAACUUAACCGCGAAAGAGCAGAAAAAACCGAAACCAUUGGCAAAAAAGAGCAAAAAAUCAACGAAUUAAACGACCAAUUAGCGAAAGAAAAUAAGAAAAUUCAAGCCUUACGAAACAAAUUGCAAAAUUUAAGGAAAGGGCAAUCUGCCGAGCAAAUUUCUACUGAACCGCAAAGAGCAGCUUUAACGGGAUUAUUAAUUACCGGAGGGAUAGCGGGGAAUUAUUUGAAUUCGGGCAAUUUUUCUCGUUCUAACUUUGAUUCAGAUUCCUCCGUGGCUCUACCUAGUUGGCAAUUAGAAGAAGAAAACCGAGAACAACAAGAGCAAAUUAAUGACUUAAAAUUAAGACCGGUCUUAAAAGACUACCAAGAUUUACAAAACAAUUAUAAUUCUUUAAACACCACUCACCAUAAUUACCAAGGAAAUGAAAUAGAGCAAGCAGGAUUAACUAAAAAAACCGAGUAUGAACGAGUUAAAGCGGAAAGAGAUAGCCGUCCGGAGAUUACUUUGCCUGAUUAUCAAAAGUUGGAAGUUCAGAAAACUUUAACGGGAACGCAAAAAGAAAGAGACAAAGCCCAAGCGGGAUUAGAAGAUUUUAAUCAGCAAUUAAAUGAAGUUCAGCAGGAAUUAGUGCGUAGCCAAAGGAAAGAAAGGAAAUUAGCACAAACUGAAUCCAAACUCCAAAAACAAAUAGAGGAAUUAAAGGCAAAUAAAAGCACUAAUCAAACUACUAUUACUGAUUUAACCACUCAAUUAGAAAAUAAACAGCAAGAGGCAGUGAAACUCCAUGAGGAAAUUGCCAGCCAAAAGGAAAGCAAGAAUUAUUUACAAGCAUUAUUGAAUAGUUUGCUUGGUGGGUUAGUUGGUUAUGCUGGAAAUGGCAAAAAUGUUUCAGAACAAGAAAUUAAAGAAAUAGCGAAAGAGGUGAAUAAUUUGCGAGAACAUGUUUGUUUGAGUUAUCCAAAAGAUUAUGAGAGUUUGAAGGCUGAUAAGGAUAAACUAAUCCAGGAAAUAACGCUCGUGAAAAAUGAAAGAGACAAAGCAAUUGGGGAAAGAAACGAUUGA